AACUAAAAGAGACACCGAAGUGUAGUUUGUUAAAAUCACAAUUCUUUCCUCAACAAAAGAAAAUAAUGCUCCAAGGGAAUUCCAUAUUGAUCACACUGUUACUAAUGCUACUUCUUAUCAGAAAUGGCAACGGUCAGAACAAGGGCAAUAAGGAAUUGUCUUGUGGACCUGGCGAACCCCUUAUUAGAUUUCCCUUCCAACUGGUGAAGGGGAUCAAAGAUGAAUGUGCUAAUCCCGGGUUUUGUUUAUAUUGUACUAAAAAAAAUGAAACCAUGGUUGUGCUCUCUACAAUAGAAUUCCGUGUCUAUUCCAUAGACUACGAAUUUAACUUCUUUAGGUUGAAGGACCCGGAAAAUUGCCUUCCGAACAAGUUUCUACAAAUCAACAAUUUUUUUCUUCAGCAUAACCAACUUGAACUAGGAUUUCCUGGACAUGAAGGAACAAACAACUUGAGCUUCUUUAACUGUUCUUCAGUUGGGUAUACAUACCUCAGAAGAUUUGUUUAUGGUCCUUACUGUUUGGAUUUUAGUCAACAAGAUAUGAUCUCCUGUCCGAUUUACGUUUCUAGUUCUUACGACAGCGUCCUCGAUUUGGAUCUAACAUCCUGUACCAGGAUGUUUGACCUCAUUUCGCCAGCUGAGGCAGACGACCUGCAGUGGAAUUCUUUGAAUAUGAGAUGGUCCAUACCAAAUUGUACAAAGUGCGAAGCAAAAGGCAAGAGAUGUAAAUGGAAGAACAACAGCAACACAGAAGGAGACAUUGAAUGUUUUGGCUACAAACGGAAAAGAAUCCAUGUUCCCCAAUCUUUUAUUUUCGCUACUACAGGCUCAAUUUUUUUGGGGCUGGUGGUCAUUGUUGUCUUUAAGAUAGCACUCUAUUUUAGACAGAAAGAAGACGACCAAGCAAGAGUGGCCAAGUUUUUAGAGGAUUACAGGGCAGAAAAGCCUGCAAGAUUUACCUAUGCUGAUUUGAAAAGAAUCACCGGUGGCUUUAAAGAAAAGUUAGGGGAAGGAGCUCACGGGGCUGUAUUCAGAGGAAAACUUUCAAAUGAGAUUCUAGUGGCUGUGAAGAUCCUCAAUAAUACAGAGGGAGAAGGGAAGGAGUUCAUUAAUGAAGUGGGAAUCAUGGGAAAAAUUCAUCACAUCAACGUGGUUCGUUUGCUUGGCUUCUGUGCAGAAGGAUUUCAUCGUGCUCUUGUCUACAAUUUGUUUCCAAACGGAUCCUUACAACGAAUUAUAGUUCCACCGGACGACAAGGACCAUUUCCUUGGCUGGGAGAAGCUGCAACAGAUUGCUCUUGGUAUAGCUAAAGGGAUUGAGUAUCUUCAUCAAGGUUGUAAUCAACCCAUUAUUCAUUUUGACAUCAAUCCUCACAAUGUGCUACUUGAUGACAACUUCACUCCAAAAAUUUCUGAUUUUGGCUUAGCCAAAUUGUGUUCCAAGAAUCCUAGUUUGGUGUCCAUGACAGCUGCAAGAGGAACCGUGGGAUACAUUGCACCUGAAGUUUUCUCCAGAAACUUUGGGAAUGUGUCUUAUAAGUCUGAUAUUUACAGUUAUGGAAUGUUAUUGUUAGAAAUGGUUGGAGGAAGAAAGAAUGUAGACAUGUCUUCUGCCCAAGAUUUCCAUGUUUUGUAUCCGGAUUGGAUCCAUAACCUGAUUGAUGGAGAUGUACAUAUCCAUGUUGAGGAUGAAGUUGAUAUUAAAAUUGCAAAGAAAUUAGCAAUUGUUGGACUUUGGUGCAUUCAGUGGCAGCCAGUGAAUCGUCCAUCUAUAAAAUCUGUCAUACAAAUGUUAGAAACUGGAGAGGAAAACCAGUUAAAUGUGCCUCCUAAUCCAUUCAACUCAACCACUUCAACUAUUACUAGUGGACACACUAGAGUUACAAGACGACCUUUGGAGUUAGAAGUUAUUCAAGAAUGAUUUCUAGUGGGAGAAAAUUAAUAGUUUAAUUUGUAGAAAAGUAGUAGAUGUAUGUAUUUUAUGUAAUAUGAUUAAAUCCAACCCCUCGUGUUUAAGCGUACUUUUUCUACUAAGAAGGAAAGUUUUGGUGUGUUUGAAUUAACUACGUGAAAGGAUGUUAAUAAUUUGGUUAUGUCAUCA